ACUCAUGUAGUCUCGUUAACCUGCACUACAUCGAGCGGCCUUCAGUUGGUCCUCACCAUUAUUAUAAUUAUGACCAAUGUGAAUGAUAAUCCUCCAGUCUUUGAGCAGGACGUCUACCAUGUCAAUGUCAAUGAGAUGUCUCCUGUAGACACAAGUGUGGGCACCUACGCCGCCACAGAUUUAGAUGGGCAACCACUCUACUACACACUGACGUCUGACACACCUGAUGCCUUCAAACUGAGUUCCCCUACCAGCCCAACUAUCCGUGUUCAGACACCUCUCGACUACGACAAAGUCAAAAAUGUCCAACUGGUCUUGUAUGCUCAGGACACUCCAUUGGCACCAGCCAAUACAGAGCCUUCGUUCACUGCCUCCACCACCAUCAUGGUUACCAUCGUAGACGUGGACAACAGACCACCGUGGUUCCAACCCUGCACACAGUACGAAAUUGGGGGCGUUUUGAUUUGUCAGAGCUCCGGCUACACUGGCAGGGUCAACUUAAAUGAACUAGAGACUGGAGCAUUAACCCUGAAACCAGGACCAGUUUACGCCAUCGACGGGGACUCUGGGAUAAAUGAGGAGAUGACGUACUCGUUCCUGAGCGGAGAUACCAGCGGACUGUUUGAGAUCAACCCGAACACGGGGAACAUCAGCAUGCUGAGGCCAGCCACCGUGUUGGAGACAAUCAGUCUGACAGUCCUGGCUCGUCAGAAGAUAAACAGUUAUCAGGUCUCCAGCACCACCGUCACAGUCAGUGUUCAGGUGAAGAGUCUCCACCCUCCGAAGUUUCAGAGGCCUCAGUACGAAGGCAGCGUCACUGCAAUGGGCACCAUGGUGAUGGAUCUGACGAUCAAGGACAAGCCCUUGCUGAUCUUCGCCACGGAUGAUGACUACACGACCACUGGGGGUUUAAAUCCUCACAUCACUUACAGCAUCAAAGACGGCAGUGAUUUCACCAUCAUUGAUGGCUAUUUAUUCAUGACUAAGGAUCUGCCAGAGAGUACAUUACAUCUGCAAGUGGUGGCAACAGACACGACUAAUGAUGAUUCAGCUACAGCUGAGCUCUUAGUGAAAGUGACAUCAGCGAUCAUACCGUCAGGUGGUUACGGGCCGGGCGACAUGGCAGCGGUCGGUGCAACGCUGGGCGUCCUGUUGUUCAUCUGUCUGGUGGUCAUCGUAGUGCUCAUCUUUAACAUUCAGAGGGGGAAAGCAGAUUGGAAGAAAAUCUAUGAAACCAGCAUGUUCCGAAGCUCUCUGGGUCAAGCUUCGGGCGGGCAGAAGGAGGGCAUCCAGUACACCAACAACGCUUUCCAGAACGACGACGACAGUGACAGCACUGGGUCCGGCAGCUUCAGGACCGGAGAGCCACGGAAAACAGCAGAGAACUUCCUGCGCUACGAGGAAAUCGUGAAGUCUUCAGCGCCGCCGCAUGACGACAACGCCAGCCAGGCGAGCUCAGACAAGGACAGUGAGAAGGAAGUAAAACCCAUCCUGACCAAGGAGAGACGCAUGGACGAGGGAUACAAGUCAGUCUGGUUUAAGGAGGACAUUGACCCUAACGCCAAGGAGGAGGUCGUCAUCAUCCCAGACAGCAGAGAGAGCGACAGCGACAGCGACGAAGAAGACGAUGAGCAGCCAUCCAGCAGCAGAGACGACGACGACCCGCGGGUUGUCUUCAAUGAUGCAGAUCUGGACAGCGGACUCGGGGUGAAGAUAGAGGACCCAGCAGAGGACUCGGAGGAUGACCGAUCUUUGACCGCUGAUCUGUGAGAGGUGCCAAAAGGAAGGGCGAGGACAUAGCAGGAGCCGCCCAUAAUAAAAUCUAAUGAUGACUUGUCAGCGCUUUCUGUUGGCGGUCAAUUGCAGAGCAACGGUGACAGCCAGCCAAAUGUUAUUUGUCUGAAUUUAAUAUAAGCUUCGCACUUUGUUAAGGUUUAGAUUUGGAAUAAAUUUGACCAUUUAUUCUUUCUGUGUAAAUACUUCAUGUACUGUGACCUGAAGAUGUUUUGCUCGCGUUUAAGAGCAGUUUGAGGCUGCUGACAUCAGUGCAGUUUAAACGAAGCCAAGAGGUCAGUGCGGGUACUGCAGGGGCUCUGGAGCAUUUGUUAAAUAAAUUUAUAUUUGGUGAUUUAACUUCACUAAAAACAGACGUUUAGUACUUUACAUCAGUAGAUUCACGUUUCAACAAGACACCGAGUGACAGCUGCUGAGGUGGAUUUAUAGUGUAAGUGUGUUUCAGUGUUUUACACAAGUGCGUAGGCAUACGUCAAUGUUAGUGACGAAGAUGUAAUAAAAGUUGAAGCAGGAAACAUCGUUUUUUCAAAGAAUUAAAGUUCUGUCAGUGUGUCUUUUUGGAGUUAAUCAUUGAAAUUCAUGUCUGAUGUUAAGAGAGAAACAUCAGCUGAUAAAAGGCUGCUGUUACAGCCUGUGAUAAGAAAAGUCUCCUGACUCUGUAGACUGUAAAACAUUAUGACCGAAACAAACUCUGAACUUUGAUUGAAUCAUCCACGGCAGUUCAUGAAAAUGUUCGGCAGCAGACCUGUUGUGAAUAAGUCUGAUCAUGAAAAACAUUUCUGUUUUUAAUAACAAACUCUUAAACUGAGGGCUGAAGUGGUUUAAAGCUCCUGUUUUCUGUUAUGAUUGUGUGAAGUCAUCAAAACAUUAAAGUAAG